AUGGAAGCCCCGAUGAUGAAGCGAGAUGCAGACGGCGGCAGUGGAGGCACUGCGCAGAUGACCAUCGUCGUGCGUGCCGUCGUCUUGGUGCUGGCCAUCUUAACGACGCUCAUCUGCGGCCUUCGUUUGUAUCUCCGAAAAUUCGUUCUGCACAGCUUUGGACUGGAUGACUGGAUGGUGAUACUCGCUCUGAUUGCCGUAAAUGCUUUCUCUGCCAUGGCAUUCACCAUAACAUUCUUCGGUCUUGGAGCCGACACAGUCGAUGUACCCCCAGAAGACCUUGUAGUAUGGUUCAAGAUUCAAUUUGGCACGGAAUGUUGCUACCUCAUUGUCGGGGCGCUUGUGAAAUUCAGCCUGACUAUCUUCAUCCUGCGACUCUUCCCCAACCAGUCUAUCCGUAUUGCUGGGUUAUCAAUCAUGGCUUUCAUCGCAGUGUUUACAAUCGCAAUGACAUUUGCAUUGGCUUUUCAAUGCAGACCAGUCAACGCUGCAUAUGACAAGAGUAUCACGGAUGCCAAAUGCUGGACACCGCAUGUACACUACGCGGUUCUCAUGACACAGGGCGUCAUCAUGUUCUUCCUGGAUGCGUUAAUCCUUUCCCUGCCCAUUCGUCCUGUCUGGAAACUGCAGAUGCCAGUGAAAAAGCGCCUGAUGAUUCUAGGAUUGUUUGCUAUUGGCUUCCUUGCAUGUAUAGCAGCCCUCGUCCGUUUCAGCACCCUCUCCUACACCCAAGACUCAACAAACUUCACCAAAUCCGCCUCAACAUCCCUAAUCUGGAUGGUCGUCGAAUUCAACCUAGGCCUCAUGUCCGGCUCGCUCUCGUCGCUCCGCAAACUUUUCAAGUCUGGCCCGCUACACAUAAGCUCCUCCUCGUGCCUCGUCUACGCGAGACGCCUCUCGAUCGACUACAGCGAUGGAUUUGAAGCAUUAUCCUCGCGACAGCCUUGGAAAGGUAUUCGGAAGGAUACGGAGAUCACGCGCGUGUUUGAGACGAAUACUAGCCAGGAAAGGAUUGCGCCGAUUUAUGGGCAGGGGGAACUUAUGACCACGACUAAUGCUUAUGCGGAGGCCGAGAGGGAGAGGAAGAGGAAGAAGGAGCUGGACAAUAGGAAGAGGGGAAAAGGGUAUGAGGAAUUUGAUAUGGAAAUAUCCUAA